GUCAAGUUGUGCUUUAAGAUCACUGGUGUGACUGUGAUUAACCAACAGCAUCUGUCUGAAGAGAGGGUCACCUCUAAAGCUCAGUCUGUUGUCUCAGACUCUCAACAUCCCCUCCAUGUUGAGUUUCAGAUGCUUCCAUCAGGGCAGAGGUUUUGUCUCCCUAAAUGAAGCACUAAGCGUGACAGAUCUUCCUUAGUCCCAUCUGCUAUCGCUUAUCUUAAGCGGCAGUGACUACUAAUUGUCCAUGAUUUACCCCUGACAGUGUGUGAUACUGGAUUCUGUGUGUUUGUAUUGUAUUGUCUGUUUUGUUUUGCUCAUGACUACUGUCUGUAUCUCACAUUGCCCCUUGGGGACAUUAAAGUUUAACCUUACCUUAUAUACAGCCCAUUUGGAAUAUACAUCUUAAUAAGGGUUUUUACUGCAGUUUGUGACACAUGGCCUCUUGCCUGUUUACGGUCUGCUCUGUGCGUUGUCAUGGAUACGUUGUACACAACUAACUAACAAUUUGCAGGGCUGGUGUAGAGAUACAUGCAGAAAAGCCUACAUUUCCGGUCAGAAGAAGAAACACAUCUACUUUUAAACUUUGAUAUCAACAGGUUCUUGGAUAUGCGUAAAUAUUGCAACAGUUACCUUUUCAAGAGGGUGGUUAAAGGAAUGAAAGAGGGAGGCUGCGUUCACACAUUCCAACAAGUCUGCCACCGUUGAAAAAAAAGUUAUUUUCAUGCAAAGAAGCAAAAUGCACAGGUCCAGCUGUUCCACUUUUCCCUCUUUUGAUGUUAAUCAGAGUAUGCAGGGCUGCAUGUUAACGGGUUCAUUCUUAUUAGCCAUGUAAACAGCUUUGUAGGAAUAUUGUCUUUCCCACAAUAAUGGCAAAAACCGGAAUAGUUUUUGCAUGUAAAUGUACUCAUUGUGCGUUGGUCUCUGGACAGUGUUUUAUUUCAUAAGAUUUCAAAGGCACUAAAGUCAGAAAAUGUCAAAAUGUACACAAGGUGGCUUUAAAGAGUUUUUGGUGUGCACCAUAGUAGCUAGCAUUUCAUUUCUAGCGUUUCUACAAACCAUCAAUGUGUUACAUUUGUACAUUUCAUACAUAUUAUAUCAUUCAUACAUGUGUUUAUUUCCCGUAACAGCUUAUCCUGUUGGGGGUCGCAGGGGUGCUGGAGCCUAUCCCCUCUGAUGAGAGGACAGGUCACCAGACUAUCGCAGGGUGACACACAGAGACAGACAACUUUGUGUUGUGGUGGAUGGACAGUUAACCUAACAUGCAUGUCUUUGGACUGUGGGAUUAAACUGGAGUACCUGUAGAAAACCCAUGCUGCAUCCAGGGUUUGAACCCGGAACCCUGUUAUUGUGAGGCGACAGUGCUAACCUGUACAUAGUGCUAACCUGUACAUAUUAUAUCAAUGUUUCUAAACUGAUGCAGUAUUUGAGCUGACUUUGUCCUCUGACGGUGGAGGGGAUGGUGGAUGCCGUGUCAUCUAGGGGAGACGCCUGCCAAGCUGGAUCAUUGUUCAAAACCAGCAAACAACAAAACCAGCUAUUGCUGUGUUUCCAGCGGUGUUUUAGGUUCAGGUGUUUAAGUGUUUUGUAGCAACCUAUCUCUGUUUUUCAGCUGAAAUGGUGCCAUCAGAUGGGGUUUUUUAAAGCCCAAACAUGAUCAUUUCCUGACCAUAACCAAGUGGGUUUUGUUCUUAAACAUAACCACACGUAAAGUGAAACAUAAAGUGUCACUGUGUCUACUACACACUAUACAAAUGUAUGUAUCUAUGGUUUGCAGAAAUGUAAAUACCAAUAUUAAUUCAGGCAUUGAGGUUGCAGUGUCAAACUCGGGUUUUAAAGUAGAAAACACUGUCAAAGUACCGAGGAAAUCACCAUCGUGUCCAUGUUGUUUUCAGAGGGAGGAGAUAAAUGAGGAGAAAAUCAGAAGACUGAGAGAAAGAUUCAUGUCUGCUUAUGACACUGCAGGUGAUGGACAUCUGCAGAUGCAAGAGCUGGCCACUAUAAUGCUGCCAGAGGAGGAGAACUUCCUGCUUCUCUUCCGCAGAGAGACACCGCUGGACAACAGCGUGGAGUUCAUGAGGGGCUUCCUCCGGGACCUUUUCUGCCAACACAGGAGGUCCAUCACCCCUGAAAAACUGGAGGAGUACACUGACACCAUGAUGAAGAUGUUUGACAAAAACAGAGACGGCAGACUGGACUUAAAUGACCUGGCCAGAAUCUUGGCCCUGAAAGAAAACUUCUUACUGAAGUUUAAGAUGGACGCUUGCAGUCAGGAAGACAGGAAGAGAGACUUUGAGAAGAUUUUUGCUCACUAUGAUGUUAGUAAGACAGGUGCAUUGGAGGGCCCUGAAGUGGAUGGAUUUGUGAAGGACAUGAUGGAGCUGGUGAAGCCCAGCAUCAGCGGCACAGACCUGGACAAGUUCAGGAAAGCCCUGAUGGGUCACUGCGACAUCAAUGGAGACGGCAAGAUCCAGAAGAAUGAGCUGGCUCUCUGCCUCGGCCUCAAACUCAUCUAAUGGGCCAUCACAGCAUUUACACUCUUUCCUCCAUCAGUAAUCACUUUCAGCCUCCUCUCUUCCAUCAUUUAAACGUCUCCUUUCUUCAUUCUUUCAGUUUUAAUGUGAAUCUUUUACUUUCUCCUCUCACCUGACUCAGUUUUUCUCCCGUCCUGGUUUAUGAAAGUGUAUCUCCUCCCUUACUGGCUCUCAGUUUGGCUUUAAAAGGCCAAUGUAGCUACAUAUACUAGGCUCAUUGAUAUAGCACAGUGCAUUUAUAUUAUUUCAUAUUUUUUUCUGUAAUAAUAUUCCUAGCAUAAGUAGAAAUUGUGUGCAUUAAAUGUGUAUUUAUGCCACCAUGAUUUCAAAAAAUUCUGCUGUUUUCAUGACUUCAUGGCAUGCUGCUUCUUUGUAAUGUGUUAAGAAUUAGACAGUGCUUGCAUGAUAUUAUUGUGAAACC